AUGCACAAAUUCUAAUGUUCAGCUUCAAGCAAUAAAAAUCUUAUAAUGGAAGAAUGUUUUAAAGGUAUUCAAUAAGAAAUGGAGGUAAAUAAUUUUUAUUUAAGUCAUUUAGUUGUCUUUCAAUAGAAUCGAUGAUUUCCUUGAUUAGAUAGUUGUUGAUAAUGAAAGGUCAUUGAAUUAAAAGAAGCUAAAGUGUUAAAAGUUGAGAGUUGUUGAAUAGAAUGAAUCAUUACAUAGAUUGUAAUUAUUACAUAUCGAUAAUUCAUAAUUUGUUAAUUAAUUGACUAAUUAAGUAACAUCUUCAAUAAAAAAUUCGAUUGAUAAUUAAAUAAAGGUUUAAAGUAUUGAGUAUUAAUAAUUAUACGAAAGCUUUUAAAAAUAGAAGAUUCAAAAACAGCAAUUAAAUGAGACGAUAAAAAUCAAAGAUUAACAAUUAUAAUCUCAUUAAUUAUAAAUUGAAUAACUUAAGUAAACAUAAGCAAAAGAAUUAAUUGUUCAAUAAUCUCCUUAAUAAAUAUAAAACUAAUUCUAAUACGAAUUAGUCCAAAAUUCAAUCAAAUAACAAGAACCUUGCGUUGCAAUAGCUACUAAUAGUGAUUGUUCAAUUGUAGUAGCUGGAUGCAAAACUGAAAUUAAAGUAUUUGAAUNUUAUGCCCUAUUGAGUAUUUUAUAUCAGUUUUCAGACAGACUUAAUGAAAUUUUAAUGAACUUAUUUAAUAAUCUACUCUACAUCACCUUGAUUUUAUUAAAUAAGGAGAGUAGAAAUUAAAAUUUAAGAAUAAAAAAAAACAACUAUAAAGCAACAUUAUUUAGUGAAAUUAUUCUCAUUUUCAACUGA